AUCAACUCUUCGAGUUUCAUACAUCUUAAACUAUGUUAGCCUUAACACAUACGGACAGGUUGAAGCGCUGGUAUGUGAGAUUAGCUGGCUAAAAUAGGUGUACAAGUUGAUCCUCCGCCCAGUGCUGCUGCUGCAUACUGAGCUGCCACACAGGGAGACCUUAAAGCCCGCUUAAGACUCACACCAUCUCCAGGCUGAAGUACUAGCCAAGGCAAAGGGGCUCGACUUUUGAGGAAGCUUGAUCCAAACACAUUGAGGCACCAGUGUGUACGGAGCCUGACGUGACGCGACAGUGGGGCUGUCUUUCCUCCACUCUGCCUGCCUGCAUUCAUAAACGGAUAUGAUCAACCAGCGCUGAGCGCACCGGAGCAGCGACGACAGUCAACUUGGACCAUGGCGGAAGAGGACGACACGGCGAUUCGGAUUUUACAGAGCCUGCGGGGGAAAAUAUGUGAAGCUAAAAACCUGGGUCCGGUCUCAGGUCCAAAUCGACAAGGAAAUCUCUGUACCUUUUCCACCAUUAGUCUGGAUCAGGAGGAGGUGUUCCGCACUAAGGUGUUUGACAAAAGUGUCAGCCCUUUCUAUGGAGAGGACUUCUACUUUGAGAUCCCACGUCCAUUUCAGUGUUUAUCCUUCUAUGUUUACACCAAGAGCGUUUUCCAAAGGGACUUACCAGUUGGCAAGGUAUCGAUCCGGAAGGAUGACCUGUGUAAAUACAGUGGGAAGGAGGACUGGUUUAGCCUUCAUCCAGUGGAUCCUAACUCUGAAGUCCAGGGCAAGGUUCACCUGGAGAUGAAACUGAAUGAAGUGAUCACAGAGAAUGGCUCAGUAGGUCAACACUUACUAGUCCGGAUAAUAGAGUGCCAGGGACUGCCUUUGAUCAACGGGCAGAACUGUGACCCCUAUGCCACCGUGUCACUCGUUGGACCUGCCAGGUCUGACCAAAAGAAAACAAAAGUAAAGAAGAAAACCAGCAACCCUCAUUUUGAAGAGACUUUCUUCUUUGAGGUCACACGGUCCAGCAGCUACUCUAAAAAGUCUCAUUUCCAAGUGGAGGAGGAGGACAUUGAAAAACUAGAGAUCAAAGUUGAUUUGUGGAACAAUGAGAAUCUGGCUCAGGAUGUGUUUCUGGGGGAGACGCGGGUGCCUGUCAAGAUCCUGCGAAACGAUCACAUCCACAAGGCCUGGUAUCUCCUCCAACCUAAAGGCAACGGCAGCAAGUGCAAGUCUGAUGACUUAGGAUCGUUGCGUUUGAAGCUGACCUACAUAGAAGACACAGUGCUGCCAUCUGCCUGCUACACACCACUCUGCAACCUGCUGCUCAAAUCCCCAGAUGUGAAGCCCAUCUCAGCGUCAGCAGCGCACAUCUUAGGGGACAUCUGCAGAGAGAGAUACGAGGCCGUUCUGCCUAUGGUUCGACUGCUGCUCCACCACAAUCGCUUUGUGCCUUUUGUCUCUGCUGUGGCAGUGUUAGAGCUGGACAACACUCAGGAGGCUAACACUAUAUUCCGUGGCAACUCACUGGCAACGCGCUGCAUUGACGACAUGAUGAAGAUUGUGGGGAAGAACUACCUGGCUGUUACCCUGAAGCCUGUAAUAGAUGAGAUUUGUGAAUCCAACAAAACCUGUGAGAUUGACCCCAUUAAACUAAAAGAAGGGGACAACGUGGAGGUCAACAAGGAGAAUCUUCAGGGUUAUGUGCAGAAAGUCUUCUCCUCCAUCACACAGUCCAGUGCCAGUUGUCCCCCACUGAUGUGUGAUGUCUUCAGGUCACUGAGACACUUGGCCUGCAAACGGUUCCCAGCUGACCCUCAUGUUCAGUACUCAGCUGUCAGCAGCUUCGUGUUCCUGCGGUUCUUUGCCGUCGCUGUUCUUUCUCCACACUCCUUCCAACUACGUUCACAUCAUCCUGAUCCUGAGAUUUCCCGCACACUUACGCUCAUCUCAAAAACCAUCCAGACACUGGGCAGCUGGGGUAGUUUGUCAAAAAAACUGUCUAGUUUCAAGGAAACCUACAUGUAUGACUUCUUCAAAUCAUUCCAAGAAGAUAAGUGUAUCGAAAAAGUUAAAAAGUUUCUUGACGAGAUAUCUUCUAACAUCAGCAAAGGGUCCAGCGGGUUGGAGGACGCCGUGGUUCUCAAGGAGGGGGAAGUACAGAAACGAGGCCAGGGGAAAAAACGCCUCGGCAAGAAAAACUUUAAGAAGAGAUGGCUGCGAGUGACCAACAGAGAGCUCUCCUACCACAAACAUAAAGGGAAAGAGGCCCUCUGCAUCAUCAAUGUCAAAAAUAUCCAGGCAGUGGAGAAACUGGAUGAAAGUGCCUUUAACCGCAAAAAUAUGUUUCAGGUGAUCCACUCUGAGAAGCCGCUGUAUGUUCAAGCAGGAAACUGCGUAGAGGCCUGUGAGUGGUUGGAGGUCCUGGGUCAGGUCAGUCGUUGUAAUGAGGGACGCCUUUCCUCUUUCCACCCAUCAAACUACACCAGUGGCGCCUGGCAGUGCUGUAAAAUCACGAAUAACAACGCACCGGGCUGUAAGCCCUGCACAACCACCAUGCUGGCCAACCUGCAGCUAGACAUAGACUGCGAUCGGGAAGCAGAGAGAAUAUUUUCCCUCCUUUCUUCGAACGAUACCAAGCUCCAGAACAUGGAGGAUGCAUGUGCCAGUAUGGCAGUGUAUCAGGGCCCUCAGCGAGAGCAGGAGGAAUACUCCAAGUUCACCAUUCAGGAACCCAAAGAGACCUUUCAGACACUCAAACAGCUCCGAAACAUCAUGAAGGAGCUUCAGACGCAGCACAACAUCAGGAGCGACACCACAGCGCAGUACGGCAGCCUGGACAACCCGAUCGUGGGGAAAACCUCCUAACCAGGGCUGGCAGAUGGGGCCUGAGACAGCCGUGCCAGCAGGUGUCAGUCCAUUACAAAGACCACCACAGCGACGCACUGGUGGGCAUCUCGAAGGAGCCCUGGGAGUUGUUCCAGCAAGGAUGACCAUUGUGUGUCCAGGAAGAAUACGAGCGAUACACCCUGACCUCCAGACAUCACGAGUCCACUACAGCAGUGACAACCUAAGAACAGGAAGUCCAACAAACUUGGUCCUCGAAAUGAGCGACCCCUUAGGCAUUGUCGCCACCUCCUCCUCUCCUCUGCCUUUAGGUACCUUCUUAAAGAGACUCCCUCCUUGUCUUAAUUUGCGUCCUCUUUUACAGCUGUGUGAAAAAGGCAUCAUUAGAUGGUGUGUGAAUAGGCUGCUAAUUUUUUUUAUUCACCCAGUUUUAUAUCAACAGCUGUGAUGAUGCUCUUACAAUCUUCUUUUUUUUUUUUGAGGAUUUGCUCUGACAUCUGUCGUAAGAGUUGAAUGAUAAUCAUCAUCUUUAUGGAGGAUUGUCCUCUAUUUGUGCCCGUGUACACUAUAUACACUCCUUCUCUUCUCUUGUAGUGUCCUUCCUCUUCUGAACAAAUGUAUAUAUUUUCUGAGUUACAUGAGAACCAACAUGCCUUACUUUGAUGGAUGUGUCUUUCACAUAAAAUGCUGAGGGAAUAAUGCAGAAGCACUUUAAAUAUUUGGAGCACUCCAAAUGAAAGAAAUGAUUAGAUACUUGGUAUCAGCUUUCCCCUUUUUUGAUCAGUUACAUGAUCUCCAGAACAUUUGUGUCUCAUUCCUGUACAAUAACUUUUAUAUAACCUGUAGAUUUUAAGAUAUUUUUCUUGACCAAAGACAAUUUCAUAGGUUUGACUUGAAAAAAUAAUUAAUGUAUUUUGAAUACAAAUCUUUUAAAAAUGGAGACAAAUUAAAUAUAUAUAUAUGUAUGUAUAUGUAUAUAUGUAUAUAUAUAUAUACACGCAUAUAUGUGUGUGUGUAUGUAUGUGUGUGUAUAUAUAUAUAUAUAUAUGGUUUAUGUGUACGUUUUCGCUAACAUAUCCUUUACUUUUUAGUGACUUAAGGCAAGCAGACUGCAUGCGUUUUAGUUUUGACUCCUGAUAGCACAUGAUUGUGGUGUAGAGUUGUAUUUCCCUGUGAUUGUGAAUCGUAUCGGUACGGUGUACAUCAGGUCUGUGCGGUCACAUUGAAAGCAGAAGUGUCGCAACAUAUCUGUAGUUAUACUCAUGUUAGGCUAAUGUUGGAAACAAUUGGAGGAAAUGCAGAGAGGAGUCAGUCAAAAUAACAAAUGACCCCUCGUCACCCCAAAAUUAGUCCUAACAAUCACAGCAACCAACACAUUAUGUAAUUGUUCUGUUUUUUUAAUGAUCAGCACUCGGCAGCUUCAGCUAUUGUUCUUGACAGUUUUAGAGAAUAAGUUUGAAAUGUGGCGCUCUGUGAAUAAGACGUAAAUAUCAUUAGCUUUUCCCCAGCUGUUAGGUGAGGCACUCCCUGUUAAGAUGUUUUCUUUUAGUGACAUUAUCAGUCUAUUGAUGAAUCUGUUGGCAUAUCACAAAUUGUCAGAGCCCAAAGUGAUGUCUUUUUGUUAUUUUGUUAAAGGGAAAAAAAAUGAAAAGUAUUCAGUUUAUAAUGAUAUGAAACUUAAACAAGCAACCAAAUCCUUAAAACAGUUACCUGAUGACUUGUACUUGUAUUUUUCUUUCAUUCGACACAUCAAUUGAUCAACAAAAUCAAUUUUGUGCUGAACAGAACUGAUGAACAAUCUUUUAUUUAAUCUUUAAUCUUUUUUUUACUUUUCUCCCCUUUUAAUGAAUUACAUUAUCUGCCCAUCUGAACAAUGAAGUGUUGAAAAAAUAUUAAAGAAACUUGAAUUUAUAUUCGCAACAAAAGUUGAACAUUGAAUGCUGAUAAAACAGGGUUAACGGUGUUUUCCUAAUACUUGUGUCUUUGGUCCGUCAUAUAUUUCUAACAUGCAUGUCUUGUGUAUUUAACGAUAUAUUUUUCUAGGAAGAUGUUUUUGUAUCUUUUUGUUUUUAAACACUGAUUUAAUGUGUUGCUAUACUGGUACAAUUUCUCAUUGUCUUCAUUACUUUAUCAAGCCUGGCCGCUUUUGUUAAUGCCGCCUGACCGAUACAUUAACUGAUCGUAAGUGGUAGUAGUUGCUGCCAAACCUCUAGUUGCAGAUAGCUAAUGCAGUGUUACUGAAGUGAAUGUUGUCUGUAAAUUCCCACUGAGCUGCGUCUGGCACUGAUUGUGUUCACAUGCAGGCUGUAAGUGAAUGAACGGCCUGAUGGGAACCAAAAUAAAACUGUAAACUGUUUUUGUUUUUUUUGUUAAAGAUUGAUCAUUGGUUAAAGUUUUCAGUUAAAUUGGGCUCAACUAGAUUACUCUGUACCAAAUUUCAACAAUAAUACUUAGAUAUGAAUCUACGCUAUUUAUUAGUACUAUAUAAAUCAGCUCGCAGGUAGGGCUGGGCGAUAUGGCAUAAUCAUGUAUCACGAUAUAUUUGACCAAAUACCUCGAUAUCGAUAUUGCAACGAUAAUGUAGAGAUGACUCUUGAUGCUUUCACAAAAUAUUUACACAAUGAAAUGUUUGAUACAUAAUCAUCGGUAAUGUGGUUAUAAUGACAGGGUGGGUAAAAGGUAAAUAACAGAACAGCUAUAACAGUCUGGUAAGUUCAGAGAAUUACACAUUUUUACAGUAAUGCAACAUUUAAAAGCAGGAAAAGAAACACUGAUGACAUCACGAUAUUACGAUAUCCUAAAUCUAAGACGAUAUCUAGUCUCAUAUCACGAUAUCGAUAUAUUGAUAUAUUGCCCAGCCCUACUUGCAAGUCAAUUUCUUUUCAACAGUUGUUUUGUUUUUUUUAAAAGGGGGGCGAGUACUCUCUGGUAGCGUAUUCAUCUGUAUAUGAAGACGUUUUGGGCUUUAUUUUCACACACUCAGUUGCUCCUAUAUAAUUAUCUACUUUUUGAUAAGGGAAAUUCUUCAUUUUUUUGUUUUUGUUUUUUAUGUUGGCACAUUUUACUCCAAUGAGAUCAGUCCUUGUUAGGAUGUUGAUGAGCUGCAUGAGGCUGCACUGGUAGUAGUUGAAGAGCAUAAAGACAGUUGUAUUUUGGACUGUGGCUAAACUCGUUAAUAUGACCAAAAUAAAGAAAAGAGUGCAAGAACAAAAACUGAUUUCAAGAUCUGUAACCCUGAUUUCCUCAGAUAUGAGCAUCAAAUGUUUAAAAAAAUUCUCGCUGCCAUUGUCAUGUUUAACUUACACACCUGCUCUGUAAGUCAGUUUGAAAACUUUACAGGAUGUUUUUUUUUCUUCUGAAAUCUAAAAAGCAGAAAAGCAUCUUUACUUCUCUAUCUCCCUUCUUCUGAAUGUCUCCAUAAAGUCUGUUCUUUUUAUACACAAACGUUAUAUUUUCCAUACAUGGUCUUUUUUUGUGUCCAUUUGAAACAAUUUACAAUAAACACUUGGCAUUGCUUCUCC